AUUGCAUAACGUAUAGGAGCAUAGAGCAAAUAUACAAUGGACAAGAUAGUGCUCCUCAUAUUGAUCCCAAUGGUUGGACUUCUAUCAUGCUCCCGCCACACCAUCGCCGUGCAACGCUGUGGGGUUUGUGGCCGCACUAUUGUGCCGUAUCCCCUGAGCACUGCACUAGAUUGCGGUGACCAACGAUACAAGAUUCGGUGUACUGCAGGUACACUAUGGUUCGAUUCCUUAAACGGAUCAUCCUACAUGAUCACAUCCAUUAACCCAUUAAGCCGACGCAUGAUCAUCCGACCAGCAAACUUAGAUGCCAAAACUUGCAUAUCCAGCGAUUUUCGAAGCCAAGGAAUCCAGCUCAGUGACAAUCUUCCCUUCAAUAUUACCAGCAGUAACACCAUUUUGCUACUUAAUUGUACAGAUGCAGUAUUGCAUUCGCAACCACCUGCAGAUUGUUCAGCUGCUAGCAUUUGUCACGGCUAUAUUAAGGACAGUGCACCGACCUGUAUGAGUGCGCCACUGUGUUGUACGUUCAGGACUGGUGGGUUUCAAAGUACUCGAGAGAUUAAGGUUCAUGGUGGAGGGUGUGGUGCGUAUCAGAGUUUCGUGAACUUGGAUGUGAAGAAUCUGGCUCGGAAAAAGUGGCCUGAGCCUGGAGUGGAGAUAGAAUGGGCUUUGCCUCAGGAGCCAGUUUGCAGGAUUCCUUUGGACUGCAGAGACUUGUUGUACUCCAAAUGCUUGCCCGAUCCGAUGAGCUUGGGACAGAAAAGAUGUUUUUGUGAUGCUGGAUUUAAGUGGGAUCCCAUCAAUGGCUUGUGUCAAAAUUUGAAGUGUCGCCCCGGGAAACCUUGCAAAAAGCGAAAGAAAAAGACUGCACUUUUUGCUGGUGUGGCCCUUGCCGGGGGAGUAAUCAUACUUGCUUUUGUAAUUGGGAUUCUGUUCUACAAGCAACAUCACAACUCAAGAAGAGCUCAAAAGAAUUUGAUCAAAGAAAGGAAAGAGAUGUUAAAUGCCAAAUACAGCGGCAAAUCAGCCAGGAUAUUCACUGGCAAGGAGAUAACAAAAGCAACCAACAACUUCUCCAAAGACAACCUCAUCGGGUCCGGUGGGUUCGGCGAGGUUUUCAAGGGCAUUCUCGAUGAUGGGACCACAAUAGCCACCAAGCGAGCCAAGCUAGGAAAUACCAAAGGCACAGAUCAAGUCCUUAACGAGGUUCGUAUUCUUUGCCAGGUGAAUCACAGGAGUCUUGUAAGACUUCUGGGCUGCUGCGUUGAGCUUGAGCAGCCUAUCAUGAUUUAUGAGUAUAUCCCCAAUGGAACUCUCUUUGAGCACCUUCAUUGUCACCAUUCAAGCAAGUGGACACCUCUUAGUUGGCAACGCAGGCUACGAAUUGCCCAUCAAACAGCCGAAGGACUAGCGUAUCUCCACUCUGCAGCUCUGCCUCCUAUUUAUCAUCGUGAUAUAAAAUCCAGCAACAUUUUACUCGACGAGAAGCUAAACGCCAAAGUUUCUGAUUUCGGGCUCUCUAGGCUAGUGGAAACGAGUGAGAACAAUGAUAGCCAUAUAUUCACCGGUGCACAGGGGACCCUCGGCUAUCUUGACCCUGAAUAUUACCGGAAUUUUCAGUUGACAGAUAAGAGUGAUGUUUAUAGCUUUGGAGUUGUUUUGUUGGAAAUGCUGACUUCUAAGAAAGCUAUUGAUUUUAACAGAGAAGACGAAGAUGUGAACUUGGUCGUUUAUAUGAAGAAGAUAAUGGAAGACGACAGAUUGAUAGAUGUUAUUGACCCAGUCAUUAAGGACAGUGGAAGCAAGUUAGAAUUGGAGAUGAUGAAAGCAUUGGGAUCUCUUGCAGCUGCUUGUCUGAAUGACAAGAGGCAGAAUCGACCUUCAAUGAAAGAAGUUGCAGAUGAGAUUGAGUAUAUUAUUAGUAUUACCGCAGAGAAGGGUUCUAAAUCAUAGUUGUGUGUACUAUGUUGUAUUGGCAAAGCCAUGAAUAAUAACUUCUGCAAUGAAUACGUACUGCAUGGUUUCUCCUCUUCAAUUUUUUUUUCCUUUGA